UGCAAAUGUCAACCAACAGAAAAGCGCUUUCUCGCCAAUCCUAGCGAAAAUGCCGUUUUCCCCCCUUCAUCCAACGGUGAAUGGGGAUUCCCCUGUCCGCAUCAUGAUUAAACAACUUUCUGAUGUAAACAUUUUUAAAACUAAGCUUUUGACAGUCUUCGUUCUUUAUUAUCUGCAUAGGUUUCGUUAUCUUCAAGUAUUUAAGAAAAUUUAAUCAAGCUUGUGAAUUAUUUCUGACCGUGUUUAUUUAAGCUGUAAAGAUCAAUUCAUCUAAAACAAACAGCAUUGUUAAGUAUGAUAUGAUCAGGAACACGAUUGAGUUUUCUACUGUAUCCGAACUGUAUCUCGAUAAUACUCAACUUCCAGAACUGUCAAAUUCAGACUCAGUAAACGUACUGCCUUCAAUGGUCAACUGUGAUAAUUUGCAAACCAAACGCAAACACUCAGCUGUUGAGUCUUCAGCUGUUGCGAUUGAUUCUUUUUCUGAAAGAAUCGGUGGAAGUCGUGAAGAAGUGAAUCGGACGAAGGAAUCACCUCGACGUUCGUCCAAAGAAUCGCAAAACGUAUUUAAUAAGAAAGAAUUAAGAAUUCUCAGAAUGCAGAUAGCCAUGAUCUCAGAUGCUGAUGGGGAUAGGCCAAUUCAUGUGGCAGUAGUUCAAGAAAAUUUAAAGCUUGUACAAAAGCUGUGCGCCAUCAUGCUGAAAGCCACAAUAUCGAUUGAUCUUACUAACUACUUACGCCAGACACCUCUUCAUUUAGCCGUCAUGUUAGGCAACAUAGAAAUGGUAAAAUUAUUGUUAAAAUGUGGUUCAUCUCUUACAAUGAAGGAUAGAAACGGAAAUUCUGUUAUCCAUUUAGCAGUGAAAACGGAAGUAAAAAAAGACGUCCUGUGCCUAAUUCUGUCUCAUCCACAAGCAAACUCCAUACUCAACUCCAUGGACCAUGAAGGCUAUACUCCUUUGCAUUAUGCUGUUCUUAAAGGCAACAAGUUAGCUAUAUCCUGCCUAUAUCGUAGUGGGGCCGAUAUGAAUAUAACGGAUGGUAAGAGUGGGCGAACACCUUUAAUGCACGCAAUUAUGGGGCAAAAUACAGAUAUGGUGAAACUCUUGCUGGAAUGUGGCACCAGUGCUGAUAUUGCCGACUAUUCUGGUCGAUCUGCAUUUGAGUUAGCCAUGCAAAUGUCAGACAGGCACAUCUUAAAAUUGCUGGAGAAUAAGUUGUUAACUGAAGAGUUAACCAAGUCUACCCAAGUUCAUCAACACUCUACUGAUGAAGAUAGUGAAAGCACUACUUAUCACCGGACUAAAAAAUUUAAAAGCAUCUAGAAAAUGCAUAGGGUAUUUUAUAUAUCAUUAGAUGCAAUUGAAAGAAAAAAAUGUGCUCUAACUCCAUUAUUUGUGCAGAGGAAUGAAAGUUAUAUGGAACAAAAUUCGAGUUUGAAUUAUACAAUCCAAAUUUGACACAAGCAUUUGAAACGGUUACAUUUGGCUGCAUAUUUUGAAAAAUUAUUUUUAUUUUUUUUAAAAUUCUUAUUUUUUAUGUAAAACAAUGUCUAGUAAUAUUCAUGGCUGGUCUGGCAGAAAUAACUUAGUUAAGUCAGAGCCAUUUCAGUUAAUGUAUUAAAAAUUAUUAAUUGGUAGAUAAAAAAAGACCCUUAAUAUGUUAGUAAAUAAUGGUAAAAACAAGCAUUUUUUACUAAGAAAAAAAAGUAUUUUGUUAUUUCUAAAAAAAUCUAAGAUCGAAGACCAACUGAAUCUUAUUGAAAGAAGCUGUGAAACUCCACACAGCUAUUAUAAAAAUUAUUGAGUAAUCUUAAUUUCACAUAAUCUGUUUUUGAAAAAUUCUUUAAAUUAAAAUAUAUAGGUACAAAAUUAAAAAAAAAAUAAGUAAAGUAUAAGAUUAGUAGCCCUAAAACAGGAUUAAUUUUUUGAAGAUAAAUUAAGAAGGAACAGUAACAAGGAGUCAUUUUAUAGGUGUUAUAUUUCACGAAAAAAAAAGAGUGCCCUUAUAAAUAUAAAAUUAAGUAUUAGUUAUGAUAGCUUGACCACAAGUUGAUUUCUGUUAUAACCAUAAUAUAAUAUUUUUAAGAAAUAUAAUUAAAUAGUAUGAAUUUUAUGAUUAACUCAUGAAAAUGUUUUUUAAAUGAUUAAUGUUAGCAAGAAAAAAAAACAAGCAUACACAAAAGAAAUUAUUAUUAAAACAGAACAGGCAAUACCGUUCAUUAAAUUCAAUAUUUUCAUUUUCUAAGAAGUACAGAAAAUAAUAAACUUUAUUAUGAAAUCUCCAAACAUGUCAAAAAGAUAUAUUUACCCUUUUUACUACCAAUAUUCUAUUCAAAAAUUAAUAUAAGCAGAUAUAUAACUACUACUAUUGAUAAUAUUUAAUCAGAAAUAUAUAAACAAUACUUCUUUACAUGCAUAUUUUGUUUAGAAAACUAAAAAUAUGAAGGACUAUUGAAAUUAGGAGUAAUAGUUUAUAUAUACAAUUUUCUAACUUCAUAUUGGCAAAAGAAAAAAAAGAAAAGAUUAUUUUAAUAUUAACUAUAUUUAAAGAGCACAUUUUAUUCUUUCAUGUAAUUCAAGAGUUUAGUGGAACAACAUGUUAAGAGAAAUUUUGAAAAUUUUUCAGACUGUGGUCGACUAUUAUUUAUUAUUAACUCUACCAAGUCUUUAAAUGAAUAAGUUUUUUUUUUUACAAAAGAUAUUUUCUGAAUUUGCACUUAACAUUUCUUUCCACUACGCUUUUCAAUUUUUAGGUAAAAGAAAAUUGCUUACAAUUUGAACCUUUUUCUUUUCUUUCAGUAAUUCAUUUAAUGUAUAAGUAUAUGAAUUGUAAGUUUGAAGUUAAGUUUAUUUAUGUGUGAUAGAACUGUUAUAUGCAUGUUGAAAAAUGAAACAUACUUUUUAAUUAGACUGGUUGUGCCAAAAUGACCGCCUAUUGAAAAAUGAACUAAAAAAAAGGGGGGGAAGCAAAUAUUUAGGUUGUUAUGUUCUGCUUAGAAAACAAGGAUUUAUUCACAUUGAAUUUUAAAAUUAUUCACAAAGCUUGUCAGCAGAUGGCACUAUGAAAUGAAAAUAAAUUAUAAAACAAUUUUUCGGAAAUAAGCGCUCCUUGCAGCAAUAAGGCAAUGUUGGAGAGUAAAAUUAACAGAUGGCCAGAAUGGUUUAACAUGCAGCAGAGAAUAUUGUUUUAGAAUUUGCAGCUCCAUCAGUUUAAAUUCUUGAAGCUAAUUUUGAUCAUUUUUGUUUUCUUAAGCAGUAUGAAACAAACUGUACAUUUUUUUUUACGCAUCUCCAUCUAUUUUUCGCUUAAAAUCCUUGGUCAUUAUAUAGACACGCGGUAUUAAUGCAAUACAAAUAAUGAAGAAUCAUCUUGUGAAAUUAUACUAUUUCUAAAUAUUUAAAAACAUUGUAGUUCAAAUUAAUCAUUUGUGUAAAGGGAUUAAUAUUUAACUAAUCUUUAUAUGAAUCAAAUCACAUACUUUAAUAAUGCAUAUAUUUUUGUACAGCUUCUUUUAUUACUCUUUUAAUUGAUUUUAGAUAUUACUUUCCAUGCAUUAACAUGUUCAAACAACCAAAAUCAUUCUCAUUGAUACAAGCUUAAUUUUUUUCUAGAUUAAUAUGCUAAUACUUUAAAUAGGUUACAAAAUAAUAUUUAAUAUUGACUUAUUUAUAUUUCAUUUGUAUAUAUUAUUUAUUUUGCAUUUAAUAUGAUUAAUUUAUGUCAUUACACUAAAAAGUAUGUAGUAUCUGUAAAUUGAUAUAUCAGUAAACUUUAUACUAAAUAGAUGGAUUAUAUACAGAACUUCAGAUCUUAGAGAAAUUAAAUUUUAACAUAAUUCACUAAACAUUUAUUCAAAAGAAAUACCCAAAAUUGUAAAAUAUUUCUACAGACAUAAGAAAUUAACAUCUUUAUAACUAGAGUUUGAUAAAUUUAUCAGUUUAUAAAGCAUUACAAACAUUGUAUCUUGAUAUUUUGUAUAUUGUCAAUUUGAUGAUAAGAUGUAAAUCAUAAUAAAAAGAACAAAUGCCUCUGAA